AGCAAGGUGUGGAAAAAUAUUGUGCUUACCUUUAGUUUGUAAUUACAUGGAAACACAUCUCUCAUUUGUGCACUCUUAGCCUUACAGGUUAUUAUUAGUUUGAAAUAUGUUGAUGAAUAUAUGACAUGUAUCUGAUUUCUCUUUAAAAAAAAUUCUUUACUAUGCGAGAUGAAAGUUUAGUAUCUCUUUUUUGUACUAUUGUAAACUUGUAUGCUAACAUUUUAUCUUUGUUUCUUUCUUCUUUCUUCUUUUUUUUUUUUAAAAAAAAAAACAUUUUUAGGUUGGGAAUGUGUUUUACCCUUGUUCCUUCGUGGUUUUGGAUUCUCCUAAUAUGGAUUUCCUUUUUGGGCUGGAUAUGCUUCGUAAGCACCAGUGCAUAAUUGAUUUGAAGGAGAAUGUCUUGAGAGUUGGUGGAGAAGAGGUUUCAGUACCCUUUUUGCAAGAAAAAGACAUUCCAACUAAUUUUCUGGAUGAAGUUGCAAAGCAAGCCUCAAGCUCUGGAGCACAGGCAGGGAAAACAACAAAGGAAAAUUUGUUGAGAAGUUCAUUUUUAAGGGAUAUGUGCAGGAGAUUGAAGGAUGUUACAAGUGAUUGGCUUUUCCCACUUUUUGCGGUUAUAUCAACCAUUUGCUUGGUGGAUUUAGACAACUGUGACAUGUUGCUCCCCUUUUUCAUGGUUGUUGGUGCAGAGGACACGCACCAUCGUAGUGAACUAUUGUAA